AUGGCAGACAAAGAGCUGCUUGCGGCCACCAAUGAGGACAUAGCUGCAAGCAUCAGCAUAGCUGACGACGAAGAUGACGGCGUGGACCUCCCAAGCUUGGCUAGUGAUCAGCUCCUGUCCCGCAAAGCAGUGGUCCUCGAUCUGCCCAUGUACCAAAAAGACGCUUUGAUAGAUAUAAAAUUUGGUUUAUAUCAUGGCAAUGGGGAGAUACCAAAUGUAACAAAACCAUCAGAGGAAUUCGAUGGAGGACUCCUUGAGCAAACAGACGGUGAUGAAGAUUCAAGUAGCUUGCGCUUGUACCAGCAGUUGUACGGCUACGCAACUCAGGGCAAGAUAGAUAGCUUUAAGGACACCAUUGAAAGGAAGCUUGAGGCAGAUGAAGUACACGAUCCCAACGCUCGCGUUCGGCUUCUGUCUCGACUAAGCCCUCAUAAGAACACAUUCCUUCACAUAGCUGCAAGUUUCGGGCAUGCCAAACUAGCAGCCGAGAUCAUACACCUUCACAAACCCCUUUUGUUUGAGAAAAACUUUGAGGGCGACACUGCGCUUCAUAUUACGGCCAAAGCCGGGGAUUUAGAUACAGCAAACACUCUUCUCCGUGAAGCCCUAGGCGCUGAAAAUGCUGAUGAGGUAUUCAUGUUGCUGACCUUGAUAAAUGAUGCGCAAAACACCCCCUUGCAUGAGGCCCUGAUUCAUGGUCACCAAUCAGUAGCAAAGUGUUUGAUAGAGGCCUAUCCUGCCUUUACUUAUCUUAUUAAUAAGGAAGAAAAGUCCCCUUUGUAUCUGGCCGCUGAGGAAGGGUUUGAUGAGAUCGUGAAACUAAUAAACAAAAAAGCAGUUGAGAAAAAGCCAGAAGUUUGUGUGAAUGGCAAGUCUCCGUUGCAUGCUGCAAUUCUAGGCCACCGGAACAAUGGCACCGAAACGUUUGAGAGCCCAAAAGAUGAGAAGGGGAGGACUCCACUACAUUGUGCAGCAUCAAUUGGUUACCUGGAAGGGGUUCGUUUCUUAUUAGGCAGACGCCUCUCCGAUUCUCAUCAAAUGGAUCAUGGCGGCAACUUUCCAAUCCAUUCAGCAUCAAGCAAAGGUCAUAUCAAGAUUGUUAAAGAGCUGCUUCGACAUUGUCCCGAUUCAAAGGAAUUGAAGAACAUUUAG